AUUGCUAUAAAAUAAACAAAUUUCUUCAAAAUUCUUAAAUUAAAUAAUAAAGUAAAACAAUAAUAAACCAGUUAACAAUCUACCCAGUUUAAAUUAAUUAUUAAAAAUCAUACAGAAUUUUAUAGAUUAAAUCAAAAAAGAAACUUUACAACUGCAACCAAAUAAAAUAAAAAGCAAAUAUGCCACCCAAAAAGAAAGGAAAAAAGGGAAAAGCCAAGGCAAUGCUCAUCGAUGGCGUGGACACCUCCGCCAUGGAUCGUGAUCAAUUGGAGGCAUUUGCCUUGCGGCUCAAAGCCGAAAUGGAUCGCGAAAGAGAGGAACGUAACUUCUUUCAAAUGGAAAGAGAUAAAAUACGCAUAUUCUGGGAAAUCACAAGAGGACAGCUGGAAGAGACCACAACGGCGCUCCGACAAAAAGAUCAUGAAGUCGAAAUGACACAAGAAAUAGCCGAUAUUGAAGCCAAAGAAAUCAUGCAACAAAUGAAACAUUUGCAAUUUGAAAAUCAUAAUAAAAUCGGUGAAAUAAGAGCAGAGGCAAUGACCCAAUUGAAGCUGUCGCAAGAGGAUCAUGUGCAGCAGGAAAUGGAACUGCUAGCUGAUAAAAGAGAGUUAAAGAGAUUGUUAAGGGAAAGUGAAGAAUUGCAUGAGCUACAAAUACAGCAGCUGAAAAUUAGCCAUAUCGAAGAGAUACACAACAUGCGCUCUCGUUUCGAGAAAGAAACCAAAGAUAUGACAUUGUUAAACGAAGAGAAAAUGUUGGCCUUAAAGUCGGAAAUUGAACUGGUUUAUCGCAUGCAAAUGUUUGAGGUGGAGGAGCGCAAAAAUACUCAAAUACAAAAGCUAAUAGAAAAUCAUGAUUUGGCUUUUAAUGACAUGAAAAACUAUUAUAAUGACAUAACGCUCAACAAUCUGGGUCUUAUUAGUUCGCUGAAAGAACAAAUGGAGGUGUUGCGCAAACAAACCGAGAGAAGUGAUCGUAUAGCAGCGGAUAUGAGUGGUGAAAAUCGCAAACUCAAGGAACCAUUAGAACAGGCCCAACAGGAUUUAGUGACCUUGAGAAGAAAGCUAGAAUUCUAUGAUCGUGAUAGAGCCCAAUUGACACGCCUCAAAAAUCGCAACAAUCAUAUAGAAAAACAACUCAAGGCCUUGACUUGGGAAACCGAAGCUCUGCUCUUGCGUAACGACUCUUUGGUUAAGGAAAGAGAGGAACUAAAAGAGAAAUUCGAAGAUGUGGUAAUUGAACUGCAGCAGAAAACCGGUCUUAAAAAUGUAUUGCUGGAGCGUAAAAUUGCUAUAAUGGAAAAAGAGGGUGAGAAGCAGGAACUAAUGCUUAAAGAAACCAUUGAUACUUGCAAGGCUGCUGUAAAAGCCACCGGCUUUGAGGCUGAAACUCCCCUGGAACUUGAACGAAGAGUUGAAAAUGUUUUAGAUGAAAAGAAUAAACUAAUACAAGAUUUACGUUAUGAAUUGGCUAGGGUAACCAAAGCCCAUGAUGAUCUCCUGGCAACAUACGAAUCGAAGUUGUUACAAUUUGGCAUACCCAAAGAAGAACUGGGUUUCGAACCUUUGCGCACCACCUCCAAGUGGAGUUAUUUGUGUGGCCCAGCUGGUUUAGUUACGAAAAAUUUAUGAAAAUUCUUAAAAUAUUUUAUUUGUAUGUUUCUUUUAAACUAAUUAUAUUUAAAUAUAUGAAUUCUA